ACGGUUCGGCGGCUGCCGUGAAUUCUCACGUUAUUUCGUUCGUACGGCCAAGUAGGAUCUUUCCUCAGAUUUCAAUUGAUACGCCACAAUCGUGCGAGCAAAAGCGGUUAAGAACCUUGAGUCGUAGUGGCGCAACAGUACUGACGACUACCGGGCUGGGCGUUGAUAGUACGCCAAGUAACAUUUUCACGCAAUCGUGAAGAUUAUUUCGGGACCAUAAUACAAGGAUACAACAAUCCCGUUGUUUAUUUUUCGCCAUUUAUUUUGUUCCCGGGUCUUUUAUAAGAGCGCUUCGCGAGCCUGUCGAGAAGUGAGGAAAGAAGAUAAAGAUACUUUUGGGAAAACAGAGGAACAAAAUGAAAAAAGCAGAAUAAAAUAAAAAGAAUGAUGAGAAAGGAACCAUAAACUGGCUGGGAAUGUUCGAGAGGAACAGGAAGAGAAACUUAAUAAGAUUUGAUAUUGCUUCUCCAAAUAUAUAAUGUAUCAUAAUUAAUAACGCAUUGGAGUUUGAUCGAACAAGGUGUUUGUAUCAGAUUUAUCGAGUGAUUGUAAUAACGCGAUCAACGUGUCGCUUAACCUAAAAUCUAAAACGGAAGAUAUCGUGUGACAAACAAUGCACACCGUACUUGCGGCGUUUGAUUUCGACCACACCAUCUGCGACGACAAUACCGACGUGGUGGCACGGAAAUUACUGCCGGAAGAGAGGAUACCCAAGAACGUGAAGGAUCUGUACAGAUCCAGUGGCUGGAUCGCAUACAUGGACAAGAUUUUCGAGCUUCUGCACGAGAAUUCCAUCAAUGCGCAACAAAUAGAGAACGCCAUCGUCAAUAUACCGCCAGUUCCAGGGAUGGAGAUGCUACUCAAUUCCUUGCGCGACAACGGUCACGAGAUCAUUAUUAUCAGUGACUCCAACAGUAUAUUUAUAGAUUGUUGGCUGAAGAGCAAAAACCUCGAACAUGUCGUAUCGCGGAUCUUUACAAAUCCGGCGCGAUACGACGACGACGGCAGGAUGCGGGUGAACAGGUAUCACACGCAGCGCACCUGCGAGCUGAGCACCGUGAAUCUUUGUAAGGGACAGGUGUUAAUGGACUAUGUGCGGGAAAGACGUGAACAGGGUAAGCACUUCGACAAAAUUGUUUACGCCGGGGAUGGAAAGAACGACCUCUGUCCGGUUUUGCGUCUUUCACAGACCGAUCUGGCAUGCCCGCGAAAAACCUACGCGCUUAUCGAGGCGUUGAACAAACUGCCUCGCGAUACAUCGACAAAGGCGAAAAUUGUGCCGUGGGAGAAUGGUAGGGAUCUACAUCGUAACUUGGAGCAGAUCAUAGAUCUUCAUUAACAGACUUAAUGUUAGAUUUAUCGCUAAUUAAUUAAAAUCGGGACAAAUAUUCACGCGACUAUGAGGGAAAAUAAAAAAGUAAAUAGACGUUUUUGUCACUUAUAUUUGGUAAUGUUUAAUGUAAUUUCUUA